AUGCCAGUUACCAAACUUUCUGGGUUCUUGGUAUUGUUGGUAUCGUGUACGUAUAAAGGAACUCUGGGUUUUACAAUCGGCAAUGAAACAGCUCUGAGGAAUUCCAUAUUCGAAGAGAAAAGGUAUGAUGUCAAUGUUCGCCCAAAUUCUCACGUACUGGUAUCAGUGAUGUUUAAUUUACUCGCCAUUAACGAGCUGAAUAUUCGAGAACAGAAAUUUUCAGUCAGUGGCUGGUUUACUAUGAGAUGGACAGAUCGACGUUUAGCUUGGAAUACUUCAGAAUACGGUGAUGUCCAGUUUUUAUUUGCGACCCAAACUGACGUGUGGAAACCCGCUUUGGUCAUCAGCAACUCAAUUGAUGACUUUGAAGUAAUACGAGAUUUGUACGCUCCUCUCAGGAUCGACUCAAAAGGUACGCUGGUAUGGGAACCACCCGGUAUUUAUCAGGUCAACUGUCAGGCGGAUAUCAAAUUCUACCCCUUUGACGAACAGGAGUGCCACAUCACCCUACAGAGCUGGGGGUAUAACUUAAUAGAGGUCAACCUAACGGCACUUUAUAAUGGAAUCAGCUUCCGGGAAUUCAAACCAAACGGAGAGUGGAACCUGGAAGACAAUCGAACAGAAAGUCUUACUGCAGUCGAUGCCAAGGGGGAUUCCAAUGGCCGCUUGAUCUUCUUUUUCAAGCUGACCAGAAAAUCCCAAUAUUAUUGGCUGAAUGUGCUGUUGCCAGUUAUCGUUAACUCGGUAUUAACAGCUCUGGUGUUUGCUCUACCAGCAGAAUCUGGUGAAAAGAUGGGGUAUUCGUUAACAGUGCUGUUAUCUUUCGCUGUCUUACUGACUCUGAUUGCAGACAAGAUUCCCUCAACAUCUCUUACAACUCCUGUAAUAGUUGUGUAUUUCUCGAUCGUGUUGGUGAUGGGGGCUCUGGCAGUACUACUCAGUACAUUUGUCCUGGACCUCUACUUCAUGGACGAGACGCAACCCAUUUCAAACUGGCUAAUGAUGCUGUUUAGAGACAUCCUCGGUCGUAUGGUGUGUUACAAAGGCUGUCGCAGUCCAUGUCGAUCCGGUACAGACGUCCAUCCGACGCAAUUAACGGAUCUACAAGAGAAGAAAUCCACAGAAAGGAAAUCAUCCACUAUUAAACGGGAAACCUUCAAAAGAGAAUCGUCGCUACAUCACCUCGGUAUUAACCGUAAGGAUGAUCUAACGUGGAAGGACAUUGCUAAUAUUCUCGAUAUAAUUUUCUUUAGAAUGUAUUGUUUCAUUAUUGUUACUGUUACUGUUGGUUUUCUCACUGCAGCUUACAAUCAUAUUGGUUAA